GAGCUCCCCUCUGGUCCGGCCGAGGAGUUCCCGGCAGACACCGCGCCGCGGCUGCGCAGAAGCGGGGAGGCUUUUAAUUCCAUUGUGGAGAGGACGGCGUUAUUUUUAUUAACUGGAGGCGACGGCGGCUGCGGCGGCGGCGGCGGAACCCCCAGGCCUCCUCCGGGGUAUGAAAAUCGGCAGCGGGUUCCUCAGCGGCGGCGGCGGUCCCGGCAGUAGCGGUGGUAGCGGCUCCGGCUCCGGCGGCGGCGGCUCCGGCGGCGGCUCCGGCUCCGGCUCCGGCAGGAGAGCAGAGAUGGAGCACACCUUUCCCCAGGGUAUGGUUAUGUUCAACCACCGGCUCCCCCCGGUCACCAGCUUCACCCGGCCGGCGGGGACGGCCGCCCCUCCCCCGCAGUGCGUGUUAUCCUCCUCUACCUCCGCAGCCCCGGCCGCAGAGCCCCCCCCUCCGCCAGCCCCGGACAUGACUUUCAAGAAGGAGCCGGCGGCGUCAGCCGCGGCCUUCCCUUCGCAGAGGACCUCCUGGGGGUUCUUGCAGUCCUUGGUGAGCAUCAAACAGGAGAAACCUGCGGAUCCCGAGGAGCAGCAGUCCCACCACCACCAUCACCACCACCACUAUGGGGGGCUGUUCGCUGGGGCCGAAGAGAGAUCGCCAGGCCUAGGAGGCGGGGAAGGGGGGAGCCACGGCGUCAUCCAAGACCUCAGUAUUCUCCACCAGCAUGUCCAGCAGCAACCAGCCCAGCACCACCGCGAUGUAUUAUUGAGCAGCAGCAGCAGCAGCAGGACUGAUGACCAUGGCAACGAGGAGCCAAAGCAGGACACUAACGUCAAAAAGGCAAAGAGGCCAAAGCCAGAAUCUCAGGGAAUCAAAGCCAAGAGGAAGCCAAGUGCAUCUUCCAAACCUUUGGUUGGAGAUGGAGAAGGUGCCGUCCUCUCCCCAAGUCAGAAACCUCAUAUCUGUGAUCACUGUAGUGCUGCUUUCAGGAGCUCCUAUCACCUGCGGAGACACGUCCUCAUCCACACAGGAGAAAGACCUUUCCAGUGCAGCCAGUGUAGUAUGGGUUUCAUUCAGAAAUACCUACUGCAGAGACACGAGAAAAUUCACAGUAGAGAGAAACCCUUUGGAUGUGAUCAGUGCAGCAUGAAGUUUAUUCAGAAGUACCAUAUGGAGAGACACAAGAGGACACAUAGUGGAGAAAAGCCAUAUAAGUGUGACACUUGCCAACAGUAUUUUUCAAGGACUGACAGAUUGUUGAAGCACAGGCGCACAUGUGGUGAAGCCAUAGCAAAAGGAGCCGCUAGUGCAGAUCCCGGGUCAUCGAACCAUAAUAGUAUGGGUAAUCUGGCUGUGUUGUCUCAGGGAAAUACCAGUUCUUCAAGGAGAAAAUCGAAGUCCAAAAGCAUAGCUAUUGAAAAUAAGGAACACAAGACUGGCAAAGCAAAUGAAUCACAAAUGUCAAACAAUAUAAACAUGCAGAGUUACUCAGUAGAAAUGCCUACUGUGUCUACCAGUGGAGGCAUAAUUGGCACUGGGAUAGAUGAACUGCAGAAGAGGGUGCCAAAAUUGAUCUUUAAGAAAGGCAGCAGAAAGAGUACCGACAAAAGCUACCUUAAUUUUGUGUCACCGUUACCAGAUGUAGUUGGACAGAAAUCCUUGUCUGGUAAACCAGGUGGCUCACUUGGCAUAGUGUCGAAUAAUAGUGUGGAGACCAUUGGUCUCCUCCAAAGUACAAGUGGCAAACAAGGUCAGAUAAGUAGUAAUUAUGACGAUGCCAUGCAGUUUUCAAAGAAGAGAAGAUAUUUACCAACUGCCAGCAGCAACAGUGCCUUUUCUAUAAACGUAGGCCACAUGGUCUCCCAACAGUCAGUCAUUCAGUCUGCAGGUGUCAGUGUUCUGGACAAUGAGGCACCCUUGUCACUUAUUGACUCCUCAGCUCUAAAUGCUGAAAUCAAGUCUUGUCACGACAAGUCUGGAAUUCCUGACGAGGUUUUACAAAGUAUUUUGGAUCAGUACUCCAGCAAAUCAGAAACGCAGAAGGAGGACCCUUUCAAUUUAACAGAACCACGAGUGGAUUUGCACACCUCAGAACACUCAGAGUUGGUUCAAGAAGAAAAUUUGAGCCCAGGCACCCAAACACCUUCAAAUGAUAAAACAAGCAUGUUACAAGAAUACUCCAAAUACCUCCAGCAGGCUUUUGAAAAAUCGACUAACGCAGGCUUCACUCUUGGACAUGGUUUCCAGUUUGUCAGUCUGUCUUCACCUCUCCACAACCACACACUGUUUCCAGAAAAACAGAUAUACACUACAUCUCCUUUGGAGUGUGGGUUUGGCCAAUCUGUUACCUCAGUGUUGCCAUCUUCAUUGCCAAAGCCUCCUUUUGGGAUGUUGUUUGGAUCUCAACCAGGUCUUUAUUUAUCUGCUUUGGAUGCUACACAUCAGCAGUUGACACCUUCCCAGGAGCUGGAUGAUCUGAUCGAUUCUCAGAAGAACUUAGAGACAUCAUCAGCCUUCCAGUCCACAUCUCAGAAAUUGACUAGCCAGAAGGAACAACAGAAAAAUUUAGAGUCCUCAACAAGCUUUCAGAUUCCAUCUCAGGAGUUAGCUAGCCAGAUCGAUCCUCAGAAAGACAUAGAGCCUAGAACAACGUACCAGAUUGAGAACUUUGCACAAGCAUUUGGUUCUCAGUUUAAGUCGGGCAGCAGGGUGCCAAUGACCUUUAUCUCUAACUCUAAUGGAGAAGUGGACCAUAGAGUAAGGACUUCAGUGUCAGAUUUCUCAGGGUAUACAAAUAUGAUGUCUGAUGUAAGUGAGCCAUGUAGUACAAGAGUAAAGACACCCACCAGCCAGAGUUACAGGUAAGGUCUCAAGAGUGACCAGGCUGGGAGUCUUCUAAUGUAAUUUUGUUUUAUUUUGAGAACACUGCCAUUGGAAUGUUUCUACACGAUCCUAUUAAGAAUAAUGUAAUGCCCUUUCAAUGCAACUUUUCAUAUUUAGUUUAUUUUGUUAGUGUGAUUUUAGCUGUUUGUAUUAUGAUUUUUAAUCAAAAUCAAUAGAUUAAAAAUAGUUUGACAUUCAAAGUGACAAUGUUUAGCAAUCAAACUUACUUGUAUAGAUUGUCAGGGAAUAGCCCAAAAGUUUUAAAUGCAAAAAAAACAAAAAAACAAAAACUACAGAAAAAAAAAAAGAAAAGAAAAAAGAAAAAAAAAACUUUGUUGAUAGGAUUAAGGUUAUUCUAAUUGCUUUACUCUCAGGAAAGUGUAAUAACGCAUGGGAAUUCUGUACGUUAUCACCGUAAUGGAAUAUCCAAUUUACAAAUAGUAUGAUACACAUUUCAUUGUUUAAGUUAAGGGAUCUUAAACAUUUCAGAUUGCUCUUUCUGGGCUGAUAGAAUAUACAUUUCAUCAUUUAAGUAAGGGAUCGAAAACAUUUCAAAUGCUAUCUCUGUCUGGGCUGAUCCAAAAUUCUGAGAUUGUUGGCUACCUAUAUUUUGUUGCAGCUUUUAAAUAUACUCCAAACUUCCAAACCCACAUUCAUUCCAGCUUGGUAGAACAAAUAUUCUUGGAUCUUUGAUCAAAGCCUGGAAUGAUAGCUUUAAUAAAAGAAAGAGGAAAAAAUAAAAAGCACCCUCUUUAUCCAACUGUAACAAGGCUGUAAUUCCAUUAAGUGAUUCUGUUAAUGUCUAGUACAGUGUUAAAACCCAAGUGGUUGGUUGGUUUCAGUAUUAGAAAGUAAGUUGGAUUUGCAUAAUACAUUGAAAUUUGGGGUAUGCAUUAUUCAUUAUACAUGGCCUGAAAACAUUUUCUCACUUGUGCUAUUACUUACCACCUUCACUUCUGGUUUUUUGGUACUUGUUCUUAACUUCCUCUUAAAGUUCUAGGCCUUCUUUCUUGUUCCUUCUCCCUGUCGUGAUGGUUUCAAUUUUAGAGUGAUUUAUCAUCUAGUAGAUAAUUGAUUAUGCAUUUUAUAUGUCUUAUGGCAUCUAAAUACUAAACAGUAGGGUAAACAUCCCUGACAUCACCUUUUUUUUUUUUUUUAAUUAAACAAACCCAAUACAGAUGUCCAUGUACAAGCUAUAGAUAUUAAAGGGUUGUAAUUCCACCUGGUAGCAUAGCUUGUGUAACAGAUAAGAGUGUAUAUUUACUAAUGCCAUCAGAACUCUUGGUGAAAUUGCAGCCUUUAAGUGUACAUUUUGAAGGGGUGUAUUAGUCAGUAUUGUACAGGGAUCUUGUCAUCAGAACUUGCUAUGAACGCUAAUUGCCAUUUGAAGCUACUGAUAGGCAGUGGCUCCGCUCUAAACCACUUUUUAGCAAUUGUAUUUUUUUCCUGAUUAUAUUUUUUAAUGUACUUUGAUGUUUAUGCUGAUGAGUUUCUUAUGUACUUUUGGUGAUGUUUCAGUCUUAUGAACUCUUCUGACGUCAGAAAAGUACCACUGGUUGUUUGCAGUCUUAUUGUGUAAUCAGCCUACCACAGGCUUCCAUGUAUAAUAAAGUAAUUAAUAUUGUGCAAGUGUAAAACACUUCUGUUAUAAAAGCAGUGUUUUGAAAAUAAGAAAUUAUUAAAAAAUGGUUACAAAAUACUAGUUAAUUCCCUUUUCCCACCUUCCUUUAGCUUUAGUUAGCUAAAGGGUACCAACUUGUCAUUGAAAGAUUCUUAGAAAAUGUGUUUAAUUCUUUUACUACACUCAGUACUAAAAUGUCUGUAUGUCUUACUAAGUGCAGUAAGUUCUGUUGGGUACAGAGACAAGUGUGAUCAAAGGAUGGAGAGGACCUUUACCCCUGUAUCUCUUAAGCUGUAUGAUUUCUCUCUCUCUCUCUCUCUUUUGUUUUAUACAGGUUUUGAAUUUCUUUAACUUUUAUUGUGUGUACUGAAUACUACAUAUGUAUUAUUCUGAUUGUUUGCUCUAGUUUACUACCAAUAAAAGUCCUGUUAAUCACAAAAAUUGAAGAAAGGAGAUAUCACUUAGUCAUAUUUUUCAGUUUUCUGUGGAUUACAUUUCAUAAAAUAUUCAUAUUAAUGCUAUAAAUUGUAAUUUAGGAGCUUGCGUUUUUUAUUGUAUUUUUAAUGUACUUUGUCUUUCUAGGUUUAUAUGAAAAUGCAUUGAAUAUUUUGUGUGAGGUGCACAAUAAUAUAAAGAAUAGAAAUCUAAUAUGUAAAUUAUACUAUAUUGAAACUAGGUUAACCAUCCUAAAUAUUAUCCUAGGGAGAUUAUUUAUUGAGGCUCUAUUUAAAAUCAUAAAUCGCAGUAUUUUGGCUCAAGGUGUUAUAUAUCCUUUUGCCUCAAAGGGUUAUAAUAAAAUUACGGAAUGAUGGAUUAAAACGGUCUUGAGCAUUUUUAGUAAGAAAAAAGAACUAAAUUGCAGUUAAUGUGUUAAGAAGUUGAGAGCAUAGAUAUUAGAAGGAAAAGGUGAAAUUGUAAUAUAGAAGAUGUAGUAAAGGUAUUUGAUAAAAGAAGCUGAACAUGGUGACCAUGCCCUUUGUCCCAACACUAGGGAGGCAGAGAGAGGCAGGUGAAUCUCUUGAGUUCAAGGCCAGACUGGUCUACAAACUGAUUUUCAGGCCAGCCAGGGCCACAAUGGGACCUUAUCUGAAAGAAAAAGUUGCACAUCAGAAAACUUCUGUGAGGUUUAGUGGUAUGGAUAUUGAUGGACUAGGAGUCAAAAUACCAAAAGGUAGAAUGCUCGUAGAGGCUGUGUGUACAUGUGUAAUGAUACAGAAUUGAUAGUAAAGGUAAGCAUGGGCCUGUGCCAUUAGAAGGUAGGAUAGCUUGUUUUGCCAUAGUUACUCCCACACUUGGUUGUCUCUUGGAGUUGAGUGCUAAGCAGAGACCUCACUCAAUUUUAGAUGACUCCAGUUACCUGAUUCCCUGCACAGCUUCUAUUCCCCAGAUUAGCUCAAAACAGAUAAGAAUUUCAAACCCCACUUGCCUGCCUUCUGUUUUCCUUUUAUGGAAUGUAUAUAAAUUUGAUCAUUUUAAUUAAAAACCUGUUUUUAAGACAUUAGACUAUGUGUGGGCUGAGAAUAUAGAUCAUCAGUUAAUAGAGUUCUUGCCCAGCAUGCGCAAGGCCCCUGGGUUGGUUUUAUCUCAAACCAAAUAAGCCAGGACUAGGGAGGUGGAGGCAGAUAAGUUAAGGGUCAUCUCUGGCUACAUAGGAUGUUUGAGGCCAGCCUAGGCUACAUGAGGCCCUGUCUCGAAAAGAAGGCAUUAGGUGUGAGGUAGAGGGCAAUGCUGUGGGUUUCUGUUGAAAUACACAGACAAUGGUAACUACCUUUCAGCAAUUACUGAGCAGUAGUUUGUGAGGUGAUUUUAUGAGAACAGAAUAAUGUGCUUAACUUUUUAAAUAUUGCAAACAUGAUACAAACAUCUACCUCAGAUUUCAAGUAUUGCACUAAUCAGGCAGAACUUGUCCAUUUUAAUAUGGUUUUCAUCCCUGAUAAUCAGCAUUUUAUAAUUAAGUUUAGUGACCUUUCAGCCUGGCUGGGUGACAGCUAACCUCAUGUAUAACCCUUAGCCUCUAAAUUCAUAGGUUCUUGUUGAACUGAACUUCCCUGAAGAGAGAAGGGGGAAAAAUUUCAACUACCAACUAUUUUUAGAGUAAAACGUUCUAAAGGCUAUCAUUUUCUGAGUUUAGCGGUCUCAUGUUCUCAGUAGAUACAGAAUGAUAGGAUGUAGUUCUCACGACACAGGGCAGGACUGCCAGUGCCAGGAUGGGUCCCCAGCUGCUGAAGGUAGUGUCCACAGUGCCAUGGAGAGAGGGAUCUGGGCAGGUGAUUAAUCUGCUUGUGCCCUCUGAGAUGCUAGAGUUCCUGGUGGAUUUUUAGGGGAAUUAUGUUAUUUUUUUAUGUCCUUAACUUAUUCCUUAGAACGAACAGCAUUAAAGGUAGCACCUUGGGAUUCUAUUGUCUUACCCUUGAUUAAAAAAAAAAAAAGAAUUUGAGACUACUUAGUUUUAAUGAGGGCAUUACCUUUAUGAGGACAGACACUUUUAAAAUUCUGCUUUGCUUUUUGUUUUGCUUAAAUAUAUAUUUGAGUGUGACUAACUUAUGUAGGUUCUAAAUUUUUGUUUUGUUUUUUGAGACAGUGUUUCUCUGUGUAGCCCUGGAACUCUGUAGACCAGGCUGGCCUGGAAGGGUUCUAAGUUUUUAACUUUAUAGCUUAUGCAGUGAUAUACUACCUAACAGUUUGGGGUUCACAGACUGGGCACUUGGUAGAGUCCAGUGCCUCCCUGAGUGCACAUUAGUGGAAAUACAUCUGCACAUGGUAAUUUACAAGUCAGUCAACAAGCAUAUAUCUCAUGUAUGGACACCUAUUAAGAAUCCCUUCCUUAGAAGAUGCCUAUAUUCUGAAAUUUUAUUGUACAAAUAAAAAAUUAAUGCCUGAAAUGUA